CCGCGGGAUCUGCUAGUGGCACUUAUCCAUCCAUCAACAACUUAGUAAUGUUCCAUCACAGGAAAAACUCGAAGUCUUCAAACUAGUGGAUGUAACUUUUUGUCUAGGCAUCGAUCGAUGAUUGGUGCAGUGAUGAAUUUGAAACAUUAACAAACAAAAGCACGAAUGUACGUCGUCGUUCAAGUGAAGACAUUAUGAUACACUGGAAGACAUCGUAAUCCUUGUUCUUGACGUUUCACCAUAUUUAUGUUUUUCCAAUUGGUGGGCCUAAGUCGCCUUUCAGUUGUUUGGUUUCACAAAUGAAAAAUUUGAUGGACAAUCUGAGUACGAAAAGAUAGUAGGAACUGUGAGUAGGUAACGAAAUCCCCACCACAAGAAAUCACGGUCUAAAAUACAGCUGCUUUCAGUUGACAAAAUGGUCACCACCUCCUCGUUUAAAAACUAAUAGUUGGACAUGUUGAUUCCAUCCACUGUUUCAACGGUUGAAACCCAUGGUGGCUUGUCAUUCAAGAAGCUCUGCAUGACAAAGCUUUUCUUCUCUAGGGUGACCCCUAUCGUACCUAAAUCCGAUCUGCCUACCAGAUGUACGUUUGUUCAAAAAUUUCGAACCACAAAUAUAUCCACUUCUCUAAUCUGUGUUCAAAUUGUUUUUUCUCUUCUUCCAGUCGUACAUUCUGGUUACGUCGUCGUGGAGAAUUUGUUCACCAAUGAUAACUUGCAGGCUCCGUAACUGGAGCAGUUCCAAGAUGUGGACAUUUACCGUGCUAUGAAACACUUCUAUGCUGGAUAGAUUGUCUACACCCUGGAACACAGUGGGACGCUAAAAUAUACGAGGAAAUAAAAUCUGCAAAAUAAACAUUGUACUCCAAGAAUGGGCAAGGUACCCACGUACUUGCUCGCAUGAAUGCAUGGGAAGAACGUUACCGAAGCGGAAAACUGUAAGUACAUGCUGAACAAGAAUGGAUGGAUGGAUGAACUUCAGUAAAGGAAUGAUGAGGAGACGAGACAUGUAACGCUCGAGCUCUCGCCAGCCCGAGCAUCAGUCUUGCAUCCCAGGCCUCGGUCGCGGUCGAAAUCGGGUCCUGAAGCUUCGAAGAAGACGACUGCUCGCGAAGUCGCGCAGCACGGAAGAAAGAAAGGGCCUGGCGGCCAAGACAAAUGGACGAGGGCGAGGGCUGCGAGUAGGUAGCAACUGCAGCGGACCCACACCAAGGAGGGAACAAGGCUGCACCUGCUGAUGACAGCCUGACCCGCGCCCAGACACACCGCAGUCUACGACGGUGGGCUACCACGGUAGCCCAGGGCUAGCAGAGAGACCCGACCCACGGUUGGUCCCUUGCGCCGUCACGGCCGUCACUUUCCCGUAACUGCCGUCCCCUCUCUUGUCCGCGUCUGAAAUAUGGUGGGAAGUUCUUGUACGACAUACGGAGACUGUGUUGCGUCGCUUUCCGGUCGUCAUUGUAAUGAACGUGCAGACGCUCGCUGUUUUUCUCGUGUCAUCGACCAGGGCUCUCGUACCGUGAGCUCGCGGUCUGAGCUUAGGGUUCGCGUCGACACGAGAGGGAAGUGUCGGGAAUUUUGGUUUGAAUCUCUCGUCGAAGCUGGUCUCGGUGGGUGGAGUGGUGUGCUAUCACAUCGCGAGGGAGGUGUGUCUGGAAUUGGGUUGAAGGAUGGAUCGGGAUUGGGGUAGUAAGCCCGGCAGUGGAGGAGCUGCCACCGCUCAAAAUGAAGCCAUCGAUCGUCGAGAGCGGUUGCGUAGGCUUGCGCUCGAGACCAUCGACCUGGCUAAGGACCCAUACUUUAUGCGAAAUCAUCUUGGCAGCUAUGAAUGCAAAUUGUGUCUCACUCUUCACAACAAUGAAGGGAAUUAUCUUGCUCACACUCAAGGAAAGCGCCAUCAGACCAAUUUGGCGAAGAGAGCAGCCAGGGAGGCUAAGGAUGCCCCUGCCCAACCACAGCCCAAUAAACGAAAAGUUAACCCUCGCAAGACAGUGAAAAUUGGGAGACCUGGAUAUCGAGUGACAAAGCAGUAUGAAUCCGAAGCUCAUCAACGUUCCUUGCUCUUCCAGAUUGAGUACCCUGAGAUCGAAGAUGGAGCAAAGCCACGACAUCGGUUUAUGUCUUCGUACGAGCAGAGGGUGCAAGCCUGGGAUAAACGAUACCAGUAUCUACUAUUUGCGGCGGAACCAUAUGAAAUUAUCGCGUUUAAGAUUCCAAGUACAGAAAUUGACAAGGUGCCCAACAAGUUCUUCACACAUUGGGAUCCUGACUCAAAGAUGUUCACGCUGCAACUGCAUUUCAAACCUCGAUCGCAAGAACCGGGCAAAGGAGGCCCUCCGCCUCCAUCCGGUGGACCUCCUCCACCGUCAGGAGCGCCUCCACCCCGACCUGCACCACCUCAAGGCGGUGCCAUGCCUGGUCCACCUCCUCCCGGUCCUCCACCAGGUGGUGUGGGAGGAUUAAAUCGUGGACCACCGAUGAACGGCCCCCCUUCAAUGGGAUCUUUACCCCCUCCACCCCCUUCUAUGAAUGGACCCCCAAGGUCUAUUCCACCAUCGAUGGGAGGAGGCUUUCCACCACCACCACCACCUCAGAUGAGUGGCGGCCCUAUAGGUAUGGGAGGUCCUCGUAAUUUUCAAUCCGGUCCACCAGUUGGUCCUCCUAAUUCAGUCAAUAUGGGUCCUCGGCCGCCGCAAGGAUUUUCUGGCCCCCCUCAGCCUCCAGGUAUGAGACCACCUCCACCACCAAACAUGGGCCAACCGAUGAUGCAUAGACCCCCACCUCCUCCACCACCACAAUAGUUACAAAUGUUCUCUAACGCUAGUCUUCAUGCCGCCCUUUGCGCGCUCAAAUUCUUUCUACGGCCAUACUGGACCUUCUUUUCACGAGUGAUACGGAUUGGUGGUUAAACACACUGUGGGUGACUACACAAUGGCUGGAUAUGAAAGCUGCUCUGGCUUAUGCUCAUUUUUGGAAUGACGCCGAAUUGCCCAAUUCUUGGACGAAGUUGUAAUCAACAGCGCUAGUUCAGGUGAAAUUCUGUGGCGGACUACAAAACGUCCGCCUUGAUCCGAGAGCUAAGAAGUUGGCAGUCAAUAUAACGUGUUUUCGGUUUGGGUCUAAUUCAGCAUGUUGUGACUUAGCUUUUGUCGUGGGUGCUUGAUAAUAGUCUUCUGACUGCGGCACGAGAAAACGCUAGUCAUUUGAUGUUGCUGAAAAUGAUCAGCUUUGUGGCCGAAGAUAUUUACAGAGCGUAGGACAAUUUUCCUUGUGGGAGUCCGAGUCUUUUGAAGAGAAAAAAAGAUCUCUCGAGAAGUCGGAAUGUACAUUAGUACAACGAAAUGCACCGGACUGCCCCCUUGGUAGGUUUGAUUUUCACGGGUUGCUGACACCUUGUAUACUACCGGAUUGGUUCCGAGAAUGUCAGAUAAAUCAUCUCGGUUCCACGUUUGUAAUGCUGGAAGAAUUACGUUGGCUAUGUUUCAUUCACAUAUUUGAUGUUUAACUAUGAGCUCAGAA